AUGGAUUCCUCUCGCUCAAAGAUGCGGCUCUUGUCGCUGGGUGCUCUCUUUCUCUCGACCAGUUCUGCUCUCCCGAACGGGCUCUACUCCCGACAGGUAGAUGAUGCCCCCGAAUACACGGUGCUCGGCUGCUUCGUCGACACUGGAAGCCGAGUGCUGCCCAGCAAGGUUAUCAGCACCCACGACAUGACGGCAGAGAAGUGCGCAGCCAACUGCCGCGGUUACGACUAUUUCGGCACACAGUGGUCUUCGGAAUGCUACUGCGGCAGCAACAAGCCCACCGAUGCCGCACCGGCCUCCGAAUGCAACAUGCCCUGCUCCGGAAACCCAGACGAGACAUGCGGUGCAGGCAUGAGGCUUAACGUCUACGAAUUCGACCGAGCCUGCGACUCGGAUACGGAGGAGCCCCCUGUGGUCAUCUCGGGCUUCGAGUACAAAGGUUGCUACACAGACAACGUUCCCCAGCGCGUGCUGGGCGGCAUCACGGUCGCUCAGCACGACAUGACUCUGGAGAAGUGUGCUGCCACAUGCACCGCCGGCGGAUACGCGUUCUUCGGUGUCGAGUACGGGACAGAGUGCUUCUGCGGGACAAGUUUGGAUGCCGCCAGCACCAAGGUGUCGGAGGGCGAGUGUUCCAUGACCUGCAUGGGCAACCAUUCCCAGCAGUGUGGAGGCCCCAACCGGCUCAACAUCUACGAGAAGCCAAACCCGGUCGGAGCUGGGAGCAACCUUGAGUCCGUUGGUGACUUCCACUAUGCCUCAUGCUGGACCGACAAGGUGGAUGACCGCUCCCUCAAGGCUGUCGACUGGCGCACCGAUGACAUGACGGUUGAGAAGUGUGCCGACAGAUGCAGCGAGUUUUCCUACUUCGGCCUCGAGUAUUCACGUGAAUGCUACUGUGGAAACGAGCUGACCGGACAGGCCGCACCCGAGAAAGACUGCGCCAUGCUCUGUGUGGGUGCUCCCGGCCAGUGGUGUGGUGGCCCGGACAGAAUGAACUUGUACACCAAGGCAACAUCGACCUCGGUGACCACCUCUGCAGAAGUCACCACUCCCGUUGAGACCGAGACGGAUACGCCGACCAUCACCCCGGAGCCCGAAACAACGACUGCCCCGACCGAGCCAGAGACCACGACUUCAGAUAUUCCUGUCAGCACCACCGAGCUGCCUUCCUCAACCGAGUCUUCCACCACCACGACCCAGGGGCCUGAGUUGACCACCAUUACCGACUGCCCCCCUACGCCCACUUAUAACGGAAACCCCGAGUACUGCUAUGUGUCUGGUGGUCUGCCGGCCGCUUGCCGACAGCUAGCAUCUACGACUCUCAACUCACGCAGCGUGGGACCUUCGAUGAGCGCUUGCAAGAGUGCUCUUACCCGCUACGGCAUGCCCACCAACCCUGCGGCUACAGCUUGCUUUCCCACUACUGCGCUCCCCGCAGUCCCAUCCUCUGCGCUUGCUCGCUCCGUCGCCGACAGCGUUUACGCCUGCCUCCACGCGCCCACUGCCUCCAUCAUAUGCCAGUCUGAUUCCGCCUGCGCCACAAACACCUACACCGUCGGUCAGGUGCCUUCGCCGACUCCCUCGACCGGUGUGGAUCUGCUCAAGGGCGAUGGCGGUUUUGAGGAUGGCACUCUCGGAGACUGGGUCCUCGGGCCAUCGACCCAUCUGGUGUCCACAACCAUCAGCAACGCCCGUCCCAAGUCGGGCUCGGGGGGACUCCUCAUGCGGUAUCUCAACGUCAACGGAGGAGGAAACAGCUUGACGUACAACCUGCCCGUCGUCCCCGGCCAGCAGUAUCGAUUCAGCUUGUCUUUCCAGCACACGAACCCCAGUUCUGCUACCAGUUUGUACCUUUAUGUGUACCCCGACAUUCUGCAAACAUCCUUUACCGAAGCGCAGUUGAACGGGGCGCCAGCGAAUGCUUGGGGGACAAGGGAAAUCACCUUCACUGCGAAGGCUUCAUGGGUGCAGCUUGUACUCAAUGUCGGUGGGAACGUAGGUGCGACGAAUGACGUGUAUAUUGAUGAUAUCACCUUUGUCAGGUUGACCUAA